AUGGAAGUUUCAGAAGAGUUGAACAAAGAAUAUUGCAAUAAACUCGUGGAGCUGGAUAGCACGUCCGAUAAAAAAUACGAUCUUUUGAGCAUUGCCUCUGUUCCCAAAGAGAGCAGAACGCUUCUCUCAUCAUGCGAUGAAAAUACUUUUAAAAAAAGAGCAGAGCUCAGAGUGGCUCUUUCAGACUUGCUGGCAGAGCAGGCUAACUUUAUCCGAACAACUGUAGAGUACAUCUCGCAAAUGCUGGACUGCAGCAUCUAUAUAGAGCCUGAACUGGUUCAGCAGUCAACACAUCUUCUAGUGAGCACGCGUGCAGAUGGCCUGUGCAAAAGAACAUACAAAUACUUGCUGGGCCUGCUAUUUAAAAAAUCAAUAGUAACCUUCCUGUGGUACGUUGAUCUCUUCGAAGUGUCCAGGAAAAUAAACAUCACGAAAUAUUCAACAUGCUCAUUUGAAGCAGUGAUAGCACAAAUCACCGUGCACAACAUCGUAAGAGGAGACUCUUUUUAUGGCGUAUCAGAUGCUCCCAUGCUGGCGCACAGGAACAACCAAAAAACACCCAUUCUCAAGGGAAUAGAUAUAUACGAUGCAAACAAUGUUCUGUCGCGCACAGAGAAAGAGCUAAUCAAAAAAAGCGGAGGUGUGGUGAACACUGGAAAAGUAACAAAAAAGUCCAAAGUAGUAAACGAAAUAAACGAGUUCUCUGAUAUGAUAGCAUCGGGAGAGAUAUUGACUAUGCAAAAAAGAGAAAUACAAAACAAGAGAGUCGAGAAGGCUGAGAAAGAGAAUUCUAGUAAAAUAUGCUAA